GUCUACUGAAAGAAGAAGAGUGUAAACAGAGUUGUACUUUCUUAAUUACGCAGUGCAUUUUAAGACAAUUACGACGAACAGAACAAAAGGAAAGACAAUGUUGUCGGAGAAAUUGAUACUCCUUCUGCUGCUUGCAGUCACUGUUAUGGCCAUUCCACGACCCGAUGACAGUGAAGAGUCCAAGGACGACGACGAUGAUGACUGCUCUCUGCCGGCCAUCAUAUCAGAAGCAAAGCGCUGUCGAGCAUUCUUAUCGCGCUGGACUUUCAAGAAUGGCGCCUGUGAACAAAUUACUUAUGGAGGCUGCGGAGGAACUAAGAACCUCUUCGAAACAGAAUAUGCUUGCAACGCUAAAUGCAAUCGCAAAGCCUUGUUCCGUGGACCGGGUGCUCGAGCUCGGGAAUUAGCGGCAUCUUCACCAUGCCAGUUGCCCUUGGCAACUGGACAUUGUCGUGCUCAUAUUCCCAGUUUUUACUUUGAUUCUGCGACUGCUUCGUGCCAACCGUUUACCUACACCGGAUGCAAAGGAAAUGCUAACAAUUUUAUUUCCAUGGAAGAUUGCCAACGGACAUGUAAAGUUAGGUUGUCUGCAGCUGUAACUCUUCCGGCACCUGUUAAAGGUACUACAAAAAGCGUGAGCGACAUUUGCACGCUACCACCUGACAAUAGCAAGAGCACUGGACGUGCGUGCUAUGCGUUUGUUCCAUCAUGGACCUUUAACGCAACAUCUGGCAAGUGCGAAAGCUACAUCUAUGGCGGUUGCGGCAAAACGGCCAACCUUUUCAAAACGGAAGAAGCCUGUCAAGCAACAUGUAGUUCUACAGCAAGGAACAUCGUUCAAUCGGCAGUUCGCAAUCAGGAGUCGUGCCUUCUUCCGAUCGCUAAAGGGCCUUGUUUCGGUUUUAUGAAACGCUACGCUUUCAAUAAGGAUAAGAAUAGAUGCGAAUUGUUCACUUAUGGAGGAUGCCAAGGUAACGGCAACAACUUCGCUUCUGCCGAUCAAUGCUACGAGGCUUGUGGUGGUGCAUUGCCCAGUUUAACUGCUGAAUGCGAACAAGUGACGUGCCCAAUUUCUAAUAAACGCUAUUUUGAGAGAGGAUGUCUUCCAGAGUACAAAGGAAAAGCUUGUUGUCCAACAAGCUUCAGCUGCCCUGAUGAUAAAUCAGCUAAAGAUGUGUGCCACUACGGUGGAAUCACGUACCAAUUGGGCCAGAAAGUUGUGGCAGUUAGCGAAGAUCAGCCGUGCAAAACCAAUUGCUUCUGCGUGAGCAGCGCCGAACAUCAAGAUGGAGCCACUAUUAAAUGCAGUGAUGUAGAAUGCCCAUUAGUCGAUCCCCCCGCCAAAGAGAAAGACGGAUGUGAACUCGUCACGAAACCCAAUACGUGCUGCCCUUCUUAUCACUGUCACGACCAUUCAUCAGAAGAAAAAGAAGUCGAUAUCUGCUUACUGAACGGCCAAGAAUACACGAAGGGACAAGCUAUUCCAACCGGAGAUCCAUGCAAGACUUGCACAUGCGUCGAAGGAUUCACUGGUUUGAAUGGCCCCGGUUGUCGUGAAACUCAGUGUCUUAUUGAUAAUCGUGUUGGAUGCGUUCCAGUGUACACGGAUAACGUUUGCUGUCCGACGAGUUACAAAUGCGCCAAAGACGCAACAAGUGCAGGUGAGAACACGCCAAGAAUUAUUCGCGUGGAAGGUGGGCCCGGCAAACAAGGCGCCGUAACGUUGCCAUUCUUAAUUCCGGGAGGGAAUGUUCGAAAAUGGCAAGUGAAAGCCAAUCUUUGUCUUUUACCCAAAGCAACUGGAUGGUGCAGGGCAUCUGUACCGUCAUUUUACUACGAUGCCGAUCAACUCAAGUGCUUGCCUUUCAUAUACGGCGGUUGCAGAGGAAAUGAAAAUCGUUUCGCUUCGGAAGCCGAGUGCUUGUCGACAUGCCAACAUUCUGACGAAGAAACUGUCGUGACUGAAACUCCAGGGGAGGCUAGAAAAACAACUGAAGAGACUAAAAAAAGCUCAUCGCCCUUCAUUUCAAGCGGAGCUGCAGUCACAUUACCUGCAGUAGUUCCUGAUGCUUGGGCAAAGCCAAAAGAUCCUUCCGCCGUGUCCCUACGUUGUUCCAUGCCAAUGCGUAUUGGACCUUGUCGCAUGUCCCUCGAAAAAUACUAUUACGACGCUGAGAAGAACGACUGCCUUUUAUUCUUCUACGGUGGCUGCAAGGGUAACUCUAAUCAAUUCGAUACCGCCGAAGAAUGUCGACAAACAUGUGGUGUUCAACCUAAAACGUCCACUGCCAUCGAACAGCCAGAUCAAGAUAUUGCCAGGGUGGCCAAGCAAAACGUGUGUGGCUUACCACAAGAACCUGGCCCGUGCAAAGGGCAAGUACCUGCCUUCUUUUAUAACGCGGAGACUGGCGCUUGUGAAAGCUUCUGGUACGGUGGAUGCAGAGGCAACGACAAUCGUUUCGAAACUGAAACUGAAUGCCAGGCACGAUGUAUUCCGUCUGCAUCUCUUUCACCUCACGUUCCUAAGGCCAGCCCCGUCGCUUCCAUAGCUUCUUCCGGAACGAUUUCUGAACACUGCAAGCUACCAGCAGAUAUCGGUCCGUGCAGGGCUGCCAAACCCCGUUACCAUUACAAUGCGACGGCCGGUGAGUGUCAGCCGUUCAAUUUCGGUGGAUGCCGAGGCAAUGACAACAAUUUCCACACGAUCGAACAAUGUCAAAGUGAAUGUACUUCUAGUGGUACUGCCGAGCAACCAUUACUUGCGUCGUGGAAGGUGGAAGUACGAGCUCGAAAGGAAAUGAGAGAAGACGAACUCACCAGGUGUAGAUUACCAGCAGAUGUAGGGUUUUGCCGUGCUUUCACAGAGCGAUUCUAUUACGACAGCAUCGAAAAUCAGUGCAAGACCUUCUCGUGGGGCGGAUGCCGAGGAAACGCUAACAAUUUCGCUUCUUCGGAAGAAUGUUUAGCCACUUGCGACAAGCUGGGCAAAGCAAGGGCAGCUGUUAACGAUCCUAAAUCACCUGCACGAGCCAGAGUCUCUCAGCGAUUCAGGGCCAAUCCAGUUGAAGAGGUCGCCCUACCGGAAGUGGACACUAAGGAGAACGAACACAUAGAAAUCGUCCCGAAAAGAGAGCAGUUGGUUUGCACGUUUGGCAACGAAACGAUGAACUUGGGCGAUCGACUUCAAUCGGAAGAUCCAUGUGAAGAGUGUGUGUGUUCGACUCCACCGGAAAUCACGUGCACUCGACAAACAUGCCCUCCUUUGCCUGGAAUGGAUGGGGCUUUAUGUAGCGAAACCAUUAUUCCUGGACAAUGUUGCCCGAGCAUCCAGUGCGUUUCCGCCAACCCACCAGUUAUUAACGUUUGCGAGGGCGUCGGUUGCAAAGCUGGCGAGCAGUGCAAACCGAAAUCACAAGAAAGUGCGGACGGAAGUUGGAUGGCUCCUAUUGGUGUGUGUGUGCCAAACACUAAAGUGUAAUUUUUCAAAGAUUCUUUCCACGGCAAGUCAUCAGACAUUAGUUAUUCACUUUAUCAGACUUCAUCUCGCCACACACUUGCCUCGCCACUUCUGAAAUUCAUUUAAAGAUCCGUGUUCUACUUAAAUAAAGUAGUUAAAUAAAGUUAAAUAAAAUAUC